AUGAGAUAUGUUAUGGGAGGGAAGACCAUGGAGGAACUGAGCAGCACCGAGUGCCACCAGUGGUACAAAAAAUUCAUUAACGUGUGUCCGUCGGGCCAGCUCACCCUGCACCAAUUCAGACAUUUCUUUGGCCUGAAGAACCUCAGCCCGACCGCCAAAGAAUAUGUCGAACAAAUGUUUGAGACGUUUGACUUCAAUAAGGAUGGCCACAUCGACUUCAUGGAGUACGUGGCCGCUCUCAGCCUGGUCCUGAAAAGAAAGGUGGAGCAGAAGCUGCGCUGGUACUUUAAGCUCUAUGAUGUGGAUGGCAAUGGCUGCAUUGACUGGGGAGAGCUGCUGACCAUCAUCCAGGUCAUCCGCGCUAUCAACCCCUGUAAAGACUCCACCGUGACUGCCGAGGAGUUCACAGACAUGGUGUUCACCAAGAUUGAUAUCAAUGGAGAUGGGGAGUUGUCCCUGGAGGAGUUCAUGGAGGGCACCCAGAAGGACGAGAUGCUGCUGGACACGUUGACCCACAGCCUGGACCUCAUCCACAUCGUGUAGAUGAUCCAGGAGGACG